AUGGCAGCAAAAGGUGUUUUCAUCGUUGGAGCAAAACGCACGGCUUUUGGCACCUUUGGCGGAAAGCUCAAAAACGUUUCGGCUACCGAUUUGGGAGUGGCCGCUUCUAACGCAGCUCUACAACAUGCCGGUGUGAAGGCAGAACAAAUCGACCACAUCAUUUUCGGUAAUGUGAUCACCUCGUCAAAGGAUGGAAUCUACCUCACUCGACAUAUUGGACUCAAGGCUGGUGUCCCACAAAGUGCGGGCGCGUUGACGGUGAAUCGACUUUGCGGCUCCGGCUUUCAGGCAGUUGUUUCAGCGGCUCAACAAAUCAAAACUGGCGACUCGUCAUUGGUACUAGCUGGAGGAACCGAGAAUAUGUCACAGACGCCAUUCGUCGUGCGAAAUGUUCGCUUUGGGACAGCACUUGGACAAAAAUAUGAAUUUGAAGAUAACUUGUGGGAAUCGUUGACCGACUCGUAUGCGCAACUUCCGAUGGGAAUGACUGCCGAGAAGCUUGGAGCUCAAUAUAAGGUAACUCGCGAUGAGGCUGAUGCUUUUGCUCUUCGAUCACAAACGCUCUGGAAGAAAUCUAAUGACGCGGGCGUUUACAAGAACGAGAUCUCCCCAAUCGAGGUCAAAGGAAAAAAAGGGCCCGAAAAGUUUGAGGUUGAUGAACAUCCACGUCCAACCACUGUCGAGUCUCUUGCCAAAUUGAAGGCUGUUUUCAAGAAAGAUGGAUUAAUCAAUGCUGGAAAUGCUUCGGGUGUUUCUGAUGGUGCUGCCGCACUUGUCGUUGCCGGUGAUGAAGCCGUGAAAGCACACGGUCUGAAGCCAUUGGCUAGAAUUGUCGGUUAUGCUGCCGUUGGCUGUGAUCCAACAAUCAUGGGAAUCGGGCCAGCUCCAGCAAUUCGACAAGCGCUGAAGAAUGCCGGGCUCACCCUUGACAAGAUGGAUAUUAUUGAAGUGAAUGAAGCUUUCGCCCCGCAAGCCUUGGCCGUGCAACGUGAACUCAAGAUCCCAGACGAGAAAUUCAACUUGAACGGAGGUGCUAUUGCUCUUGGACAUCCGCUUGGAGCCUCGGGGGCCCGUAUCUCCACUCAUAUCGUGCACGAACUCCAGCGACGCAACUUGAAAUACGGAAUUGGCUCGGCUUGCAUCGGUGGUGGACAAGGAAUCGCCAUCAUCUUCGAGCGUCUC